UCCGACACUGUACAUACAUAUAUUUUUCGCUACAUACAAAUUUGCUCUUAAAUCUUUGGGAAAUUUUCCCAAACUUUGGCGAAGAUGGGGCAGAGUGUUUUUCGUCGAUUAUGGCUUCUCGUAUGGAAAAACCUAAUUCUUCGGAAACGCCAAUACAUCGUGACCGCAUUGGAAAUAAUUCUGCCCACUUUAUUCGCAAUUCUUAUGGCUUAUAUGCGAGCCAGACUUCGAAGUGAUCCCAGCGGUACGAUCAGGGAAAAUGUGUUCCCACCUGUAACUGAGGAGCAACACGUGGUCCGAGCACAAAGCGAGUUAUUGGGUUAUUCUGGCGGCGAUUAUUUCUACAAUAGGACGAUCGAUUUUGGAUAUUCUCCAAACACUCAGGUAGUGAAGGAUUUCACGGGAAAACUUGAAACACAGCUUUUUACAAAUAUGACAGACAAUGAAAACAUAAUUAUUAAAGUUAACUGGCUGGGAUUUGAUACCGAGAAAGAACUGGAGGCUUAUGUCGCAGAACAAUCUCAAACUUAUUACCCUGACAAGUUAAAAUUUGCCGUGGUUAUCAACGGCCUCGAUAAAUUAGAGAAAAUUUCUUACAAACUGAGGUUCCUUGAUCGGUUUUAUGAAACGACUGAUCUCAUGCCCUGGAUUGUAUUUAGCACCGAUUGUGGUAUGGGAGGGAGCAAUUACGAAUAUUCUGGGUUUAUCGGUGUACAAAUUAUGGUUGAUAAAAUUCUUACGGAAAUGAUAACUGGAACGUUCCCCAAAUAUAACGUUUCCACAAAUCAAAUGCCAUGCCCUCCAAGUGAUGGGUUUGAUUUUAAUCAACUUUACUUUCUCUUCAUGCCUCAACUUAUGAUUAUUGGGUUUAUCUUCAUCGUCCCGUCCAUCGUACGGGGGAUUGUUUCUGAAAAAGAGACUGGAAUCAAGGAGCUGAUGAAAAUGACGGGGAUACCGAACUGGAUGCAUUGGGUUGGCUGGAUGAUCAACUCCCUCCUUGUGCUGAUCAUUAGCAUUACUUUGGUCAUCAUUUUGCUGUACAUUCCAUUCAACUCUAGUACUGGAGGCGUGUUAAAAAAUAGUGACCCCACCAUUUGGUGGUUCUUUCUAUUCUGCUACGCCAUCUGGGCGACAUCGUACUGCUUCUUGAUUUCAUCCAUAUUUGAAAGACCCACUCUAGCUACGACGAUAGGAAUUGUGGUUUGGAUUGUGACCUACUAUGGGGUUUCUCUCCCCCUAGAAUCAAGAUACUCAAGGCUCUCUUUAGCAGUUAAAAUGCUUCUUUGCCUCAGCCCAAAUAUGGGACUGCAUUAUGGACUGAAAGUUCUUUCUGCAUUUGAGGCAAAGAAAGGGAUUGGCGCGCAAUGGAAAAAUAUUGGAAAAUCUGCUAGUUCCAUAGAUUCCCUGGCCCUUGGCCAUGUCUUGCUGAUGCUUUUGAUAGCUUCCAUACUUUAUAUCUUUCUUGCAAUGUAUUUGGAAAGUAUCCUUCCCACAAAGUACGGAGUUCGCAAGCCUUGGUACUUUAUCUUCAUGCCAUCAACAUGGGGUUUUAGAAAAGAUAAGAUGCAUCAAGAUGUGGCGACGUUGCGAUCAGAAACAUCCUCCUCAGAAGGAGAAAGUUUUGAAAAAGCGAAUCCAGAUCUCAAGGUAGGGGUGGAGGUACUGAAAUUGAGAAAACAAUUUCAAGAAAAGCUGGCGGUGGACGACGUCUCCUUUAAAGCUUAUGAGGGGCAAAUAUUUUGCUUAUUGGGACACAAUGGUGCAGGAAAAACCACCACCAUGUCGGUUCUUACGGGACUCCUGAGUGCGACUGGAGGUACGGCAUUGAUUAAUGGGAAAGAUAUAAAAACAGAAAUGGACGAAAUUCGUCAGACACUUGGACUUUGCCCUCAGCACAACCUGCUGUUUAGUAAAUUAACGGUGAAGGAAACACUGAAAUUUUUCGGAAUGGCAAAAGGAUUAACUAGCUCUCAAGCAGAAGGCCAAAUUCCUCCAUUAAUCGAGAAACUGCAACUAGUGGAAAAAACCAAUGCCCUGGCUAUGUCUUUAUCCGGAGGGCAGAAAAGACGCUUGUCUCUAGGUGGCGCUAUUAUUGGAGAUUCCAAAGUUUUGUUUAUCGACGAGUGCAGCAGUGGUUUGGACCCCGAAGCACGCAGAUUCAUUUGGGACUUGCUUCUCGAUAUAAGGAAUGGACGAACGAUUAUCUUAACAACACAUUUCCUUGAGGAGGCUGACUGUCUUGCAAACAGAAUAGGGAUUAUGGCAUCCGGGCAGGUGAAAUGUUGUGGGAGUCCGCAGUUUCUCAAAAAAUACUACGGGACCGGUUACACGCUAUCGUUAGGGUUAGGUUCGGACCGAACUGUCAACACUAUCCUGCAAAUUGUUCAACAACAUAUUCCAGAUGCAUUUAUAAAGUCAAAUGCACUGAACGAGGGCGUGACCGUUUUAGAAAUUAGUUUGCCAUCGGCAGUUACCACCUCGCAGUUCCCUACAAUGUUUCGCCAACUGCUAUCUCAGCAAGACGGAUUGGAAAUUCUUGAUGUGGCAAUAUCUUUAACUACCAUGGAUGACGUGUUUAUAAAAGUCGAAGAAUUGAGUCAUUCGUCAGAAACCGAAAAUGUAGUAGGAUUUGAUCCGUCAACGUUCAAAACCUCAGGAGGAAGGUCAACUGGAGUGGCAUUAUUGUUUCAACAGUUUUGGGGCCUCAUGCUGAAGAAAAUCAUGUAUUCCUUUCGCCGAUGGAAGUUAACCGUGUGUCAAAUGGUUAUUCCAAUUGCGGUUAUUAUUGCUGCUGUGCUCAUUACCAACUUAACCUAUGCCACAAACGACCGUACUCCGGCGCUUGUAAUCAGUUUAAAUUCGUAUUACAAUCAAAUUGCAAGAUUUUCAAUAUCCGGGAACCAAAACUCCAAGGAUUUGGGAGAACGUUAUGCGAAAGUUGUAGUUACAGAUUCGUCAAAAGGCGUGGAGUCUUAUCCAAUACCCGAAGGAGUAAAUCUGACUUCUGAAUUCUUGCGAUUAGGUCGAGAUGAAGAGGAAUCGUAUUUUCAAAGACACCUGGUGGGAGCAGAAUUAAAUUCUGUGGAAUCCCUAAAUGCAAUGUACUCUAGUAUUCCUAGCCACGUCCAGCCUCUUUCUGUCAAUUUGAUUACAAAUUCCAUGCUGGACUUUUUGAGCGGUGGCGGUGGAACCAAAAGGAUUGAAGUUAUCAACCACCCCUUGACUUCUGGGAUGCAGGAAAUUUACGAUGCAGCAUCGCCUGACCCUUUCUUUUCCGAGGUGGCCCCUUUUGUAGUUGGCGUGUUGGUGUCCAUAGGUUUAGCUUUGCUAGCUGCGAGCUUCGUCGUUAUGCCCAUUGAAGAGAGGAAAAGCAAGUGCAAACAACUACAGUUAAUGACUGGGGUCAAUCCAUUUGUCUUCUGGGGAUCAGCAUUUACUUGGGAUUAUUUUCAGACGCUUAUCUGCAUCUCGGUCAUGGUUGCAUGUCUCUUCAUUUUCGAAGAUUAUCGUGCAUUCACCAACCACGGAGGAGCUGGAGCUGCUUUCCUAAUUAUGGCCGUUUACGGGGUUGGGUCAAUUUCAUUUUCGUAUCUUCUUUCUCUACUGUCACAAACUCCCGCCGGCGGUUUUGCACUUUUAACGAUACUACAUAUUAUCACUGGAACGGGAUUUGCUAUUGGAGUCUUUGUCUUACAAGAUGACAUUUCUUUGGUAAACACGUCAAAAAUAAUUGGAUGGCUAGGCCGAAUUUUUCCUACGUUUGGUGUGGCAAAAUCCCUGAUGGUUUAUGCAAGAAUAUCCACAAAAAAUAGCAGAUGCAGCGUAAUUACUGACGAUAUUAAAAAUAUUCUUUGUAAAUCAACCGGCGACAAUUAUUACCUACCCGAUGAUUACAAAGCGUGUUGCGAUAACUGUGUGGAACUUGAUGUGCCCUGUUUUAAGCCGAUCCCGCAUUUAGUUUGGUCGUACACCGAUGGAACUAUUUACGAAUCUGGGUACUAUGUGUAUGUUCCACCAAGUCUGCCUGGAAUUGGACAGGAGUUGAUUUUCAUGGGGCUCAUGGCUGUCAUUUACACAAGCAUACUUAUGCUUGUAGAGUAUGGGUGGAUGAAGAGGCUUCUCAAUAAGGUGUGGAAACAAAAUGCUAUGGACUUUAUAUCCAAUACGGUUGAUAACGAUGUACUGGAGGAGAAUGCAAGAGUUAAAAGUCUAAUUGAACGAGGGAAAACUGCAGAAGAUGCACUCGUGGUUGGAAAUAUUUCAAAAAGUUAUGGAAACUUUUGUGCUGUCUCAAAACUAAGUUUUGGGGUGCAUCACGGCGAAUGCUUUGGUUUGCUCGGAGUUAAUGGAGCCGGAAAGACAACUACAUUCAAAAUGCUUACUGGCGACGAAAUAAUAUCUUUUGGAGACGCUUGGCUGCAAAAUCUUUCCUUACAAAGUGAUAGGAAAGAGUUUUUAUCUAAGAUCGCGUACUGUCCUCAAUUUGACGGGAUCAUUGGCGUGCUUUCCGGUUUCCAGAUGCUCCAGCUGUUUGCAAGAUUGAGAGGGGUGAAGAGCUCAAAUAUCGAUUCGGAUUGCGCGACUUGGUUGGAUCGUUUUGGUCUACUUGAUAGCGGUAAAGUGCAGUGUCAUAAAUACUCUGGAGGGAUGAAAAGACGGUUGACUGCAGCAAUGGCGAUGGUUGGUGAUCCACCAAUUUUGCUUCUAGACGAGCCCACGAGCGGAGUUGACCCUGUGUCUCGCAAAAACUUUUGGAAUAUAAUUUCAAAAUUGAAAUCUAUGGGAAAAUCUAUUAUAUUGACAUCUCAUAGUAUGGAGGAAUGCGAAUUUUUAUGUGAACGUUUGGGCAUUAUGGUAAACGGGGAAUACCAGUGCAUGGGCAGGGUGCAGCACUUGAAGAAUAAAUUUGCUCAGGGUUAUACCCUCACUAUGCAAAUCAAGCCUGGAGACCAAAUGCAAUUGGAUGGAUUUGUCCGCCGCUUAGUCGAUCAAGUCACUUCAGAAUUUUCCCCAUGUAUUUUAAAAGAUCAUCAUCAGAACGUGGUACAAUUUCACAUUCAAUCAACGGCAUUCCGGUUAGACGAAGUUUUUGAGAGAAUGGAGCAAAUUAAAAAUCGCUUUGUGGAUUACAUCGAAGAUUAUUCAGUCCAACAAACGACGCUUGAGGAGGUUUUCCUAUCGUUUGCCCGAAAGCAGUAUACUGCUCCCAGAGAGGUUCAGCAAACGUCACGAUUUAGAAAAUUUGUUGCAUCUGUAUUCGGAUGUUAACUGUAGAAUUUACUUAAUUUCAAGUCUGUCUCGACAAUAAUUACAUAUAUGGACUUUUAAGAAAUAAUAAAUUUCUCUAAAAAUCAAA